AACAUUCUGUUCCGGUUGAUGAUCUCUUGCCGCAAUUGGCCGAUGUUCUGCAAGCUAGGGUCUUGGAUGGUGCUCAGGAUUUCAGAGUGCUGUAAACCGAUGUUUGAUGAAUAUUUUAGAGCUGAGUUGGGUGCUGUAGGGGUCAGUUUGCUCUCCUCGUGAAUGGGAAAUCUUCUUGGAUUUCCUCUAAUUAUGUUGGGAAGAGGCAAAUUUUGGACUUUAGAGGGAGAUUUAAUUUUUUUGAUGCGAGAAACGAUCGAUUUUAUUAAAAAUAUGAAUCAAACAAUGCUUCCGAUAAUUGGGGAAGCCAUAAGAAUUUUGAUGUAGAAAUCUUCAUAAAAUGGAGUCCACCUCGAUUUCGUAUUUACC